GAGUUGGGCUGCCACCGGGGUUGGAGUGUAAAAGGCUUCGCGAAGGGAUUUAUUAUUUCUUUUCCCAUCGGAAGCUGAAAUUGGUUUGCUAUCCACGCAAGGCUUCGGUCAGAUAAAGAGUGGGAAAUGGCUGGUGGCAAGGCAGGAAAAGACAGCGGCAAAGCCAAGGCAAAAGCGGUGUCUCGCUCGCAGAGGGCCGGGCUUCAGUUCCCGGUGGGUCGCAUCCACAGGCACUUGAAGACCCGCACCACCAGCCAUGGUCGCGUUGGAGCCACAGCAGCCGUGUACAGCGCCGCCAUCCUGGAGUACCUCACGGCUGAAGUGCUGGAGUUGGCAGGCAACGCGUCCAAAGACUUGAAGGUGAAGCGCAUCACUCCUCGUCACUUGCAGCUGGCCAUCCGUGGCGACGAGGAGUUGGACUCGCUUAUCAAGGCCACCAUCGCUGGCGGAGGCGUCAUCCCCCACAUCCACAAGUCCCUCAUCGGCAAGAAGGGCCAACAGAAGACGGUAUAAACGCCGCCUUGACCUUCGCUCCCUGGGCUUGGCUUUUGAUUGGACCAGAGGUUCACAAUUGUCCUUUUUGUUGUUGUUGUUGUUAUUUUUACUAUUAAUGUUUUAUGAUGGCAAACCAAGAGUGAGUGUCAGCCCCCCCCAACUAGGAAAAAGAAACACUUAAUGACUAGAGAUGUCCGAUAAUAUCGGACUGCCGAUAUUAUCGGCCGACAAAUGCUUUAAAAUGUAAUAUCGGAAAUUAUCAGUAUCGGUUUCAUAAAGUAAAAUGUAUGACUUUUUAAAACGCCGCUUCUCCUCCACACAAACAGCGUGCCGGCCCAGUCACAUAAUAUCUACGGCUUUUACACACACACACAAGUGAAUGCAAGGCAUACUUGGUCAACAGCCAUACAGGUCACACUGGUCACACUGUGGGUCUGACAUAAUAUUGUGAAAGUCCAGUCCAUAGUGGAUCUAACAUAAUAGUGAGAGUCCAGUCCAUAGUGGAUCUAACAUAACAGUGUGAGAGUCCAGUCCAUAGUGGAUCUAACAUAAUAGUGUGAGAGUCCAGUCCAUAGUGGAUCUAACAUAAUAGUGUGAGAGUCCAGUCCAUAGUGGAUCUAACAUAAUAGUGUGAGAGUCCAGUCCAUAGUGGAUCUAACAUAAUAGUGUGAGAGUCCAGUCCAUAGUGGAUCUAACAUAAUAGUUUGAGAGUCCAGUCCAUAGUGGAUCUAACGUAAUAGUGAGAGUCCAGUCCAUAGUGGAUCUAACAUAAUAAUGUGAGAGUCCAGUCCAUAGUGGAUCUAACGUAAUAGUGUGAGAGUCCAGUCCAUAGUGGAUCUAACAUAAUAGUGUGAGAGUCCAGUCCAUAGUGGAUCUAACAUAAUAGUGAGAGUCCGGUCCAUAGUGGAUCUAACAUAACAGUGUGAGAGUCCAGUCCAUAGUGGAUCUAACAUAAUAGUGUGAAAGUCCAGUCCAUAGUGGAUCUAACAUAAUAGUGUGAGAGUCCAGUCCAUAGUGGAUCUAACAUAAUAGUGUGAGAGUCCAGUCCAUAGUGGAUCUAACAUAAUAGUGUGAGAGUCCAGUCCAUAGUGGAGCUAACAUAAUAGUGUGAGAGUCCAGUCCAUAGUGGGUCUAACAUAAUAGUGAGAGUCCAGUCCAUAGUGGAUCUAACAUAAUAGUGUGAGAGUCCAGUCCAUAGUGGAUCUAACAUAAUAGUGAGAGUCCAGUCCAUAGUGGAUCCAACAUAAUAGUGAGAGUCCAGUCCAUAGUGGAUCUAACAUAAUAGUGUGAGAGUCCAGUCCAUAGUGGAUCUAACAUAAUAGUGUGAGAGUCCAGUCCAUAGUGGAUCUAACAUAAUAGUGUGAGUCCAGUCCAUAGUGGAUCUAACAUAAUAGUGAGAGUCCAGUCCAUAGUGGAUCUAACAUAAUAGUGUGAGAGUCCAGUCCAUAGUGGAUCUAACAUAAUAGUGUGAGAGUCCAGUCCAUAGUGGAUCUAACAUAAUAGUGAGAGUCCAGUCCAUAGUGGAUCUAACAUAAUAGUGUGAGAGUCCAGUCCAUAGUGGAUCUAACAUAAUAGUGUGAGAGUCCAGUCCAUAGUGGAUCUAACAUAAUAGUGAGAGUCCAGUCCAUAGUGGAUGUAACAUAAUAGUGAGAGUCCAGUCCAUAGUGGAUCUAACAUAAUAGUGUGAGAGUCCAGUCCAUAGUGGGGCCAGCAGGAGACCACCUCAAGCGGAGACAGGGCAGAGAUGUCCCCAACUGAUGCACAGGCAAGCGGUCCACUCCGGGUCCCGACUCUUGUUACAUUGUUUAAUGCAUCCAGCGGGGCAUCACAACGAAAUUAGGCAUAAUAAUGUGUUCAUUCCACGACUAUAUAUCGGAAUCGGUAAUUAAGAGUCGGACAAUAUCGAAAUAUCGGCAAAAAAGGCCAUUAUCGGACAUCUCUAUCAAUGACCCUUUGUGUGUGUCGUUAGAAUGUUUGACUGGGAGUUGAAAAACAGCGACAGUGAAUUUGUUUGAUUGGCCUGUUAUGUUUUGUAUUGAAAAGAAAAAAAAAAAAAAUUGUUAA